CCGGUGCGGAGGGCGGACCUGCGCCCUGCCGGAAGCGCCCGGGCCGGAGGCGGGAGAGCGCCCCCGGGGCCUAUGGGGACGGCGGGGGAUGGAGCGGCUGCGGAAGCUGUGGAGGGGCCGCACGAUGACUUUCGGGGUCCCCCUGUUGCUCUAUCUUAUUGGAGGAUCUUUUGGGCUCCGUGAGUUUGCUCAAAUCAGAUACGAUGUCCACAAACUCCAUGGCAAGGUUGAUCCAGCUUUGAAAGAAAAAUUAAAACAGAACACAGUGACACUGGAAUCUGAAUAUGAGAAGCUGGAAAAGUCUGACUUGGAUAACUGGGAGAACAUCAGAGGGCCCCGUCUGUGGGAAGAUUCCAGGACUGUUCAGAAGCAACAGCGAGAGGCUCUCCGUCUCAAGACAGAAUGAUUGAGGAAGGCUACUUUGGUGAUCCACAUCUCACCUCCAACAGAAAAACAACCUCUCAGGCUGAACUGUUAAUUUUUAAUCCAAUGUCAGGAACAGACUUGAGAUCUUGAGAUUGGGGGGGGGGGGGGCCUGCACUGAGCAAUGUGUAACAGUGAGGUCCGUGCAGAAAGCACUGUAUGAUGUGAAGCUCUUUGUUUGCACCCGUUUGCACAGAGUUCUCUGCAGGCUGUAUAUAGAUGAAUUCUUAAUUAAAAAAUAGCUGAUUAUUCUCCUGAGAA